AUUUUAGAUUGUGAUCAUCAAAUAAUGUAAGACUUCUAAAUCCACUGCAUUCAGAUGGCCAAUAAUAGAGGCAAGUUUGACAAAUAGUGUCUUAUUUUUACAGCUGUAGAACAUCAUGCAAAUGUUUAUAGUGGCCUAUUCUAUGUAUGAACUCAUCUGUUUCCACUGAACUCAGUGUUAUAAACUAUGUAAAUGUACUGCAUGUAUAACUGUGCCAGAGUUUAUAGCAUAGGUGCCAUGACAACAGCUCAGCGAGAGAGCUGGAAACAUAUUGUAGUAUCUUCACGAGACAGGAACAGCAUUGUUAAAAUAGUCCCUUUAAAUAUAAACUGACUCCCUUUACCUGCUUUAAGAUUGCCGUUUUGGUUGUCCGCACAUGUUGUGCAUGUUUCAAUGUUUAAUUGAACCAGCAGCUUCCCACUCAUAUCAGAGGAUGAACCUACUGUAUCCACUGCAUGCUUGUGCAAAUGCUGUUGCAUGUUUCACUGGGAAUUGACUAGGAUAUAUAUUCAAUUUGAUAUGGAGCUCACCAAGAUAUCUGCACCUACCUACUCUGUUAUAAAUUACGAUUUGAUUAGUUGUCACAAGUGUUACACCAGAUGGAAUAAGCCAAAAAUAUUGUGAAACACGAGGUCUACAUGUUGCCAUUGAUGUCCCACUGGACACACAGACUGAUAGAGGUGAGCUUUUGGAUUGACUUGUUCUUGGUCUUUGUAAAGCUGUCACAUUGAUGAAGCUGUAAUUAUCUACUAGAAGUUUGGACGUAGCACAUAAUUCAUCACAACGUAAAGCUGCAACCUUGGCAUAGACGUGGCUUGAGGUCAUCUUAGUGUAUUUUUUGAGGUUAUGUCUUCAUCCAUCUGGUUCACUCACAGCAUAGCAAAUCACUAAAUAUACUUCCUCUAGAUUUGCCCAAACAAACUGCUAACGCCUCUCUGUCUUCAUGAUAUCUGUCACUAUAAACUAUAAGAUGUUAUGAUAUUAUCUGCCCAAGAGGAUGUUGACAUAUUCAAUUGAAACAUCCAUUUUCAUAUAUUAUCCAUGGCAAAAUACUUAACAAGCAUAUGCAAGUAAGCAAAAUCAUUUAAAAUAGGAAAGCAACCUAACUGGUCGAUAUCACAUCCUGUCCUCAAACAUGGCAACACGAUGUCCUUCUUUAGGUGAUUAAAUCAUCUAACAUCCGGUGUGGGGCUUUUUUCACAAGUAAUUUUGAAAAAAAAAAUCAUGAUUGUAUCGUACUGUGGUGGUGACAGUAAGCUGCGCACAGGCAGUUUCAGGAAGCAACGUUGUGGUGAUGGUUCCUAGAGCACUGACAGUGCAUGAUUAAGACAGUUUACACGGCAGGCCGCAUUAUUUAUCUCUCAAGAAGAAAAAAAAAAAGUGGUGUAAAACUGAAUGUACUCUGUCUCUCUCAAGUGUGCUCUCUCGCUGCGAAUGUCACUCUUUCAGCAAAUGGAUCCUUUCGGACUUCUCUUCCUCAUCUUCACGUUGAUGUCUCCAUCUGAAUGUUCAGAGCCAGCCAAGCUCCAAUGCGUGGAAUCUGACAAAGAAACUUUUGUCCUCCUUGAAGGGGAAGCCUUUUAUAUUAUGCCGUAUGAUCUGACUGAAACAUAUUAUCCUGAUGAAGAGUUCACAUGGUACAAAAAUGACUCCCUGAUCUCCAAUGACGAGAGCAAGAACGUACAUUACCACGGUGGCGCACUUUAUUUCUUAAACGUCAGUGCUGAGGACUCUGGCUUUUACCAUGCCCGACGUAAUGACUCCUUGGGAAAAUGCUCCAACCAUUACGUAAUAAUUGAGGUUGUGGAUGAUAUCAACCAAGCGCUCUACGUGGCCGAAGAGAACUCUUUCGGGAGCCUACGAAUCUACUGCCCAAAUACUGUCACCAUGAUAUGUGGCGUGUUCAAAGGAGAGUUAAGCUGGAUGAAGGACUUCAAGCUUCUUCAAGGUCAGAAUGAGGAUCUUUUGUGGAUUGAAGAUAAAAGUGAAGAAGAUGCUGGCAUCUACACUUGUACUUGUACCUGGGAACACAAUCACCGGGUGUACAAAUCGUCAGGCUCCAGGAGGUUUAAACCUGAAAAAUCAACUCAUCACCAUCUACCAGUGAUCAUCUCUCCAGCUGAAAAGGAGAUCUUUGCUGAUGAAGGCUAUGGGAUCACGCUGAACUGCACAGUCCUCUGUGGAACUGAUGUGGAACUUGACUGUCAUGCUCACUGGGAGCCUGUCAAUGGAAUGGCUUUUGACGACAGGCAUGGAUAUCAUGUAAACCCCUCAGUAGUCAACAAAGAAAAACACAAUGUGUACGCCACUGCAGUCCUGACGAUUGACAAAGUGUCUACUAAAGAUUUGCAGACUGAAUUUAAAUGCAUCGGCAAGGGCCUUUACACAGAGGCCUUCAGAGGACUCAGGAUUAAUGGCAGAGUGUCAAUCCUUGCACUUGCCAUCCAAGGAGCGUGUGUGUUGUUUAUCGCAGUGUUUGGCACUGUGCUGGUCAAGUGCUUCGCUGUCGACCUGACCCUCUGCUUCAGACGCUACUGCCCACGAAGAAGUCCGAAAAAAGAUGUGGGGAUGUACGAUGCCUACGUGGUUUAUCAAAUGCAGAGCAUGGACAAAGCCACUGAGGAGACACUCUGUCAGUUCAUCACAAACCACCUGCCCUCUGUCCUCGAGGAGAAGUGUGGAUAUCGACUGUUCAUCCACGGGAGGGAUGACAUACCCGGGGAAGACCAUCUGGAGCUGGUGGAGGCCCGCAUGAAGCAGAGCAGGAGGCUGAUGGUCAUCCUCACCCCGGGUUCAGGAUCUGGGUGUGACAUCACUGACCAACCUCCAGUCUCACCCCAUUCCUCAGUGAUAGAAGGGCUUGACUGGCAGCUGGGGCUCCACCGUGCGCUGGUCCAGAGGGAGAUGAGCGUGAUUCUGAUAGAGAUUGGGGACAUUGGACGAGAGGGAUACAAACACCUUCCCCCUGGCUUGCAGCACCUGAUUCUCCACAAGGCCCCCAUCAGGUGGCCAAAGGGUUCGCGGGGGGCAGCCUCAUGGAACUCACGCUUCUGGAAGAGAGUGCGAUUCCAGAUGCCGGCCACGCCUGCUAAUAAAUGUUCACAGUCUGCGAUUAUCUGAAACCCUGAAGGACUUGACUUUAGACACUUGCUGGAGAGAAAGAUAUGAACGCUAUCAUGUGUCCCAGUCCUGUCCCACCCGGUGUACAGAUAUGUGAGAAUAAUCCCAGGCGUCAGUUAAAUGUAUAUGUCAGGUAUUCAGAUUGACUGUCAAAUGUUUUUGUUCCAACCGUUCAAGUGUUGUUAAUAUCAGCAGGUUGGCCCACAGCGUUGAGUGCCAUCCUGCUUCCUGCUCAGCUCAGGUUCAUCAUUCUGAACAUAUCUCAACCACUGUCCAGGGUGCUGAUCCCGGCAGCACCUUCAGAGGAGGGUAAGCUAGAGACUUCUCACAGGCGCUGCUUGCCCUGCUGACAGCGAGGGGAUGAAGCUUUGAACUCAACCAGCUGCUGCUGUUUUUGCGAGCUCGUUUAUUCUGCCGUUUCUAUCCCCAACUCCAUCCUUGUACUAACAGUUUUGUUGUGAACUUUUAUUUUGAAAUGUGUUUGUCAGAGGUGCAGUGUCUGUUGGAGGCUACCCAUUUAUGUGUAACCCCUACUGUACAGUAUAAUCUAUAAACACACAGCAGUUUAGUGUGUUUAGUGUAUGUUGUUCUGUAAGCUAGAAAACAACAAAUUGGAGCAAAACGCAAAAAAACCCAAGUAAUUAUCUUUAGUAAAGGGUUGAGUGCUUGUAAAUAGAAACCUACAUAUAUUUAUAUACAGUACAGUUACUUUAAGUCGAGAAGACCUUUUUUGUUCUGUGUUAAACACUUGCUCCUGUCACCAACAUCAGAAUAAAGAAGGCCUACAUGUUUUCAACAGGCCUAAUUGUUUUUCAAAAACAAGUGUAAAUAAUAUGGUGUGGUGUGC